ACCAAGGUGAAAAAGUUUACCCCUCCAUGAGAACCAGCAUAUCAGAGGCGUGGAGAGAUCCAGAUGUAACCACAUCCUUGACUCCCUCUCAGAUAUUCCCCCGCGAGGCUGACAAUAGUCAACCAGGAUGUGGAGCUCAGCAUGCAAUGGACGCAGAGGAGUUUGGAGGUGCACGUUGCAACUUACAAAUACCCGCAGACAAGGUAAGAGGGAGUGACUGCAUUUAAAGACGGAGAAAGGACGGCGGAAAAGACGGAGAGACUUUAUCAAAGGGGAAACUGGCAGUGAACGAAGAACUUUAACCUAGCUGAGCAAUUGCAAGAAGAGCAGGUUACCAUGGUUUCCUUGGACGUACGGUCUUUGACCGUGCCUGUGGGCAUUGUGCGGAUCCUGGAAGUGGUCCUGUCCUGCAUCGCCUUUAGCUUGGCGGCAUCGGCCGGCAGCCAGAAUUUGUCGUACUGGGCCUGGAGCAUGUUCACCUGGUGCUUCUGCUUCAUCAUUACCCUGCUCAUCCUCAUCCUGGAGUUCACCACCCUGCACACGAAAGUGCCUAUCUCCUGGGACGACUUCACUACCGCCUUUGCCAUGCUAGCCACCCUGAUGGUACUGGCAGCCUCCAUCAUCUACCCGAAUUUUUUCGCCUGUUCUGGCUGCUCCAAGCAGAUCGCCGCAACCGCGAUGUCCUGCUUGUGCUUCAUCGCAUAUGCCGUGGAGGUGGGAUUGACGCGGGCUCGGCCUGGAGAGAUCAGCGGCUUUCUGUCCACCGUGCCUGGCCUGCUCAAGGUGCUGGAGGCCUUUGUGGCUUGCAUCAUUUUCAUUUCCAUGGAUCCCAAUAUAUACCCCAUUUAUCCAGGGCUGCAGUGGUGUGUGGCAGUGUACUGUUUAUGCUUUAUCUUUGCGCUCAUCAUAAUCAUCUUCACCAUCUGCCGCCUCCUUGCACUGUUCCCCUUCUCCUUCGACAAGGUUCUGACGGGCUACAACAUCUUGGCUGUCCUCAUGUACACGACAGCAGUGGUUAUCUGGCCCCUCUACAGCUUCAAAAAUAACCCCCGACCCAAUAAUUGUAACCCCAGAAACUGUUACUGGGAUGGUUUGGUAGUGGUGUCCUUCAUGACUUGCGUGAACCUCAUCGUCUACAUUGUGGACACGGUUUACUCUGUACGUUUGGUUUUCUUCGUUACCCCAGCAUAAGUUUUGCAGCACAGAGCCCUCAUGCAGCACGUCAACAGCACUCCAGCAUUCUAAGCAGGAUGAAUUGCAGCUUCGACGAAAUGUUACCCUACCAUGUGUCGAUUAAAUGAUUUAGCUUCUACGUGCCCAUUCUCAGUAGGCCGUUAUGUUCAUUAGGAGGUGACGUUGUUCUUUUUUAAAUGAUUUGUACCUUUUAUUUUAUUCUCUUAAAUUUCUCAUUAUGAAUAUGAAGGGCCAGUUGUCAUGUUGUUCCUGAGGUCUGAAUGUCGUACCCAGCCAAACGUGUUCACGCAAAUAUUUUUUGUGGUUUUAAUACACCCCAAACAAGUUGCCUGAAAU